AUGUCGGUCCCUCAAGCAAACUAUGGUGCACCCGACCCCAUUCUAUUGACGCUCUUCGCCAAUCGGUUCAUGAGCGUUGCGGAGGCGAUGGGGCGCUCUCUGCAGCAGACUGCGAUCAGCACGAACAUCAAAGAGCGCCUUGACUUCUCGUGUGCAUUGUUUGCGCCUGACGGAGACUUGGUCGCCAAUGCGCCCUUCAUCCCUAUUCACCUUGGAUCGAUGAGUUUUGCCGUGAAGUUUCAGAUGAAUCUGCACAAGACGACCAUCAAGCGCGGUGAUGUCUUUAUGACCAACUCACCGCACGCGGGCGGCUCCCAUCUACCAGAUAUCACCAUUAUCAGCCCUGUAUUUGACCCCAACUCGGACGAAAUCAUCUUCUUCACGGCCUCGCGCGGCCACCACGCUGAUAUUGGCGGCAUCCUUCCUGGAUCGAUGCCCCCCACCUCGACCAAUAUCUUCGAAGAGGGUGCCGAGAUUGUCAGCUUCAAGAUCGUUAGCGGGGGCAUGUUCGAUCGCAAGAGCUUAGUCGACUACAUGAUCGACAGGCCCAGCAAGUAUCCUGGAAGCUCUGGAUGCAGAAACCUCAAGGACGUGGAGAGCGAUCUCAAAGCGCAAAUUGCUGCCAAUCACAAGGGAAUACAGCUCAUCCAAGCCAUUGUUGAUGACUACGGUCUACCUACCGUGCAAGAGUACAUGUUCCAUAUUCGUUCCAAUGCCGAAUCCUCCGUGCGCAACCUCCUCCGAGACGUCGUCAAGCGAAUGGGGACCAAUGUGCUCAGCGCCGUCGAUUACCUCGAUGAUGGUUCUCCCAUCCAGCUUAAGGUUGAGAUCAAUGAAGAUGACGGCUCAGCGGCGCUGGAUUUUGAAGGUACCGGAUGCGAGAUACGUGGUAACUUGAAUGCGCCGAUCUCGGUCGUUCAUUCUGCGGUCAUCUACUGCAUGCGCGCUAUGUUGGAUUUGGACAUCCCACUAAAUGCUGGUUGCCUGGUCCCACUCAACAUAAAGAUCCCGGAGGGUUCAUUAUUAUCGCCAUCUCGCACCGCUGCAGUGUGCGGUGGUAACGUGCUCACCUCGCAGCGCAUCGUCGACGUUGUUCUUAAGGCCUUCCAUGCAUGUGCUGCCAGUCAGGGCUGCACAAACAAUCUGACGUUCGGUGCCGGAGGGAAGGACAAGGAUGGAAACAAUGUCGUUGGCUGGGGAUACUACGAGACCAUUGCAGGCGGUUCAGGUGCGGGCCCCGGCUGGCACGGCACCUCCGGUGUGCAUACCCACAUCACCAACACUCGCAUUGGCGACGUCGAGAUCCUCGAGAGGCGCUAUCCUGUCAUCGUCCACCAGUUCGGGUUGAGAGAAGGCUCGGGGGGCAAAGGGCUGUGGAAGGGCGGCGAUGGCGUCGUCCGGGAGCUAGAGUUCUUGCAGGGCCUGCAGGUUUCCAUCCUGUCGGAGAGGCGGACAAGGCAGCCGUAUGGGCUCGAGGGUGGCGGCCCCGGCGCACUAGGCCGCAACACUUGGGUCAAACAAUCACGCAAGGAGGACGGUGAUCUGCCGGAAGAUGCGCGCCAGCCGCUGAAGCCGCGGAAGAUCAACAUCGGCGGGAAGGCGUCGGUAUGGAUGGGCAAGGGCGACCACUUGCUGAUCGCGACCCCCGGUGCGGGCGCGUGGGGUGCUGAAGAUCCCGACGUCGACAACGGGCAUGUGGACCGUUCGCAUGUAAAGGCGUGGGUUGCCAGAGGCAGCUUAGCAGAGAGAGAGGCUGCACAGGCUGGAUUCUGA